GUAGCGUCGCUUCGUCACUCCCACAGGGCGGCUACGUGAUACGUCACUGCGCUUCCGCGUAGGUCGCGACGCUAGUCUCGCGUGAUGAGAUAUGCGGCUUUGGGAUUUUGUGUGAGACAGGUGGCUAGGAGUCUCCAGUUAAGAGCUUUUCGGGAGGUACAUCGGGCAACAACCUACGGAAAGAUGAACAGCCUAGCCGUAAAGCAAGUCAUAAAUGACAUCUGCAAAUCUCCAGAGGACAAGCGAGAGUACAGAGGCCUGGAGCUAGCAAAUGGAAUCAAGGCCAUCGUCAUUAGUGACCCCACCACAGACAAAUCUUCGGCAGCUCUGGAUGUUCAUAUCGGAUCCCUCUCUGAUCCAAGCAAUAUUGCUGGUCUUGCACACUUUUGUGAGCACAUGUUAUUCUUGGGGACAGAAAAAUAUCCAAAAGAAAACGAGUACAGCCAAUUUCUCAGUGAGCAUGCUGGGAGCUCCAAUGCCUUCACUAGUGGAGAACACACCAACUACUACUUUGACGUGUCCCAUGAACAUCUGGAAGGUGCCCUUGACAGGUUUGCUCAGUUUUUCCUUUGCCCCUUGUUUGAUGAGAGCUGUAAGGACCGGGAAGUGAAUGCUGUAGAUUCUGAACAUGAGAAGAAUCUAAUGAAUGAUGCUUGGAGACUUUUUCAGCUGGAGAAAGCCACAGGAAAUCCAAAUCAUCCAUUCAGUAAAUUUGGAACAGGCAACAAACUUACACUUGAGACAAGACCAACGCAGCAAGGGAUUGAUAUCAGACAAGAGUUGCUUAAAUUUCACUCUACGUAUUAUUCAUCUAAUAUGAUGUCCCUGUGUGUCGUUGGAAGAGAAUCUCUUGAUAGCUUGACGGAACUGAUAACAAAGCUAUUUGCGGAGGUUGAAAAUAAAAAUGUUCCCCUCCCAGAAUUCCCUGACCAUCCUUUUCAGGAAGAACACCUCCGGCAAAUGUACAAGAUCGUGCCCAUUAAGGAUAUAAGAAACCUGUACGUCACAUUCCCAAUUCCAGAUCUUCAGAAAUAUUACAAGUCUAACCCAGGUCAUUACCUUGGCCAUCUUAUUGGCCAUGAGGGACCUGGAAGUCUGCUAUCUGAACUGAAGGCUAAAGGCUGGGUAAAUACUCUUGUCGGGGGACAGAAAGAAGGUGCCAAGGGAUUCAUGUUUUUCAUCAUUAAUGUGGAUCUGACCGAAGAAGGCCUGUUGCAUGUGGAUGACAUCAUUUUCCACAUGUUUCAGUAUAUCCAAAAGCUCAGAACAGAAGGCCCUCAAGAGUGGGUGUUCCAGGAGUGCAAGGACCUGAAUGCCGUGGCCUUUCGAUUCAAGGAUAAGGAGCGACCACGAGGCUAUACAUCCAAGAUUGCAGGAUUGCUGCAUUACUAUCCCCUAGAAGAAGUACUGUCUGCCGAGUAUUUACUGGAAGACUUCAGACCAGACUUGAUAGAAAUGGUGUUGGAUAAACUGAAGCCCGAAAAUGUCCGGGUGGCAGUAGUUUCCAAGUCGUUUGAAGGCAAGACAGACCGCACAGAAGAGUGGUACGGAACCCAGUAUAAACAAGAGGACAUCGCACGAGAGGUUAUUCAGAAAUGGCAGAAGGCAGAUCUUAAUGGAAAAUUGAAACUACCAAUGAAGAAUGAGUUUAUUCCUACAAACUUUGAGAUUCUACCCUUGGAAAAGGACGCAACACCGUUCCCAGCUUUGAUUAAGGACACUGCAAUGAGUAAAUUGUGGUUCAAACAAGAUGAUAAAUUCUUCCUGCCGAAAUCAUGUCUCAACUUUGAGUUUUUCAGUCGCUACCUUUAUGCCGACCCUCUCCAUUGCAACAUGACAUACCUGUUUCUAAGGUUACUGAAGGAUGAUUUAAAAGAGUAUACAUAUGCAGCUCGCCUCUCAGGUUUGAACUAUGGCAUUGCCUCUGGAAUGAAUGCGAUCCUUCUCUCCCUGAAAGGAUACAGCGACAAGCAGCAUAUCUUGCUCAAGAAGAUCAUCGAGAAAAUGGCUUCCUUUCAAAUAGACGAGAAAAGAUUUGAAAUUAUCAAAGAAGCAUACAUGCGUUCUCUGAAUAACUUCCGAGCAGAACAGCCGCACCAGCAUGCCAUGUAUUACCUCCGUUUGCUGAUGACUGAAGUGGCCUGGACCAAGGAUGAGCUCAAAGAAGCUUUAGAUGAUGUCACCCUACCCCGCCUGAAGGCCUUCAUUCCUCAACUGCUGUCUCGGCUGCACGUGGAAGCUCUUGUGCACGGAAACAUCACAAAGCAGACUGCGGUGGGAAUAAUGCAGAUGGUGGAGGACACGCUUAUUGAACAUGCCCACACCAAGCCUCUUCUUCCAAGUCAGCUGGUCCGAUACCGUGAAGUCCAGUUGCCAGACAGAGGCUGGUUCGUGUAUCAGCAGAGGAACGAGGUCCAUAAUAACUGUGGCAUUGAGAUCUAUUAUCAGACAGACAUGCAGAGUACAUCGGAGAACAUGCUGCUGGAGCUCUUCUGUCAGAUCAUCUCGGAGCCUUGCUUCAACACACUGCGCACCAAGGAGCAGUUAGGUUACAUUGUGUUCAGUGGCCCCCGCAGGGCUAACGGCAUCCAAGGCUUGAGAUUUAUUAUCCAGUCCGAGAAGCCGCCUCAUUAUUUAGAGAGCCGCGUGGAGGCCUUCUUACUGACCACCGAGAAGUCCCUGGAAGAGAUGUCGGAGGAAGCGUUCCAGAAGCACAUCCAGGCGCUCGCAAUACGUCGUCUAGACAAACCAAAGAAACUCUCCGCUGAGUGUGCAAAGUACUGGGGGGAAAUCAUUUCCCAGCAGUAUAAUUUUGACAGAGACAACGUUGAAGUUGCCUAUAUGAAGACUCUGACAAAGGAAGAUAUCGUAAACUUCUGCAAGAAUCUGCUGUCUGUGGACGCCCCAAGAAGACACAAAGUAUCUGUGCACGUUCUUUCCAGAGAGAUGGAAUCCUGUCCUGUAGUGGGAGAAUUUCCAAGUCAGAACGAUGUCAACCUCGCUCCAGCACCAGCCCUUCCUCAGCCCGUUGUCAUUAGCAAUAUGACGGAAUUCAAGAGGAGCCUGCCUCUCUUCCCUCUCGUCAAACCCCACAUUAACUUCAUGGCCGCCAAAUUAUGAUCCCAGCGGCAACAAGACUACGCCCGCUGAACCAGGUGCUGCUGCUAAAGAUGUGCCGUGGCUUGUAAGCGAGGAGUAAAUCUGGUUGCACUUUGCAAAUAGACAUUUAGUAGAACAAUAAUCUCUGUAGUAAGAAAAAAAACAAAAAUGUUGUUGACGUGUUGAUUUGACGUUGUAGCGCAUGGGCCGCAUCAGGUGCCGCGUUGGGAUUGGUUGUGUCACAUGAUACAAAUGCUGGCACUGGAUUGGGAAGAGAAGGGCAACUAGACUUUUACUUGGAAAACCUAUAUUACACUUAUUGCUGAAAUGUAAAUGUAUUUAUGAACGUAGGAUUUAAGGAAAAAACAAAACCUUGGCUAACCAGACUGUUAGUGUAGCUGGAAUGCCAUAGAUCUUCCCCUGCGCCUUGACGUGAUUUCAUUGUGUUGAAUUAUUCGUUGUUUAAAGAGGACAUACACCCACCUGUAUGGAAACUUGUCCAAAAUGCUCAUCUGAGCACUUAUGCAAUAUACACAAGUUUUUUGUUUC